AUUCUGAUCAAAAAGUGUAAACAAAGUUCACUUUCCUUGUGCUUUUUGACUAUAAUAUGAACGGAGUAUAGUUGAUAUUUGAUGGGGAAAUGGUUAAGAUAACACCUGAACUUGUGGCGAAGUGUCCCAGCCAAACAAAAAAGAGUAAAAACGAAACUUCACAGCAAUAUUUGAAACGUCUAACGCACGUGUAUCUUGCUGAGAAAAGCAUCGAUGAAAUUAAUAAUUUGUCAUUGUGUCGGAAUCUAUCAGUUCUCUACCUUUACGACAACUGCAUCAGUAAAAUUGAAAACCUGGGUUUUGCCAUAAACCUAACACAUCUGUACCUGCAGAAAAAUAGAAUAACUAAAAUAGAGGGACUUGAUAAUCUCAGAAGACUGUCAAAACUGUAUUUAGGUCAAAACUUCAUCACAGUGGUUGAAGGAUUGGAGAAACUUGAAAGUCUUAAUGAACUUCAUAUAGAAAAUCAAAAUUUACCAGUCGGAGAAAAAUUGCUGUUUGACCCACGAUCAUUGAAGGCUGUUGCAACAUGUCUUAAUGUCCUGAAUGUUUCUGGCAACUACAUUGAAAGUCUGGAAGACUUACACUGUCUGUCAAGUAUGAUCCAGUUAAAUGCCCAAAACAACAACAUUGCUGACACCAAGGGUUUAGUAAAGGCAUUGAGUGUCUGGCCAGCAAUAAUAAAACUUGAUCUGACAGGAAAUCCAGUUUGUGAAAAGAAGAAAUACAGAGAUCGUGUCUUUGUCAUGUCAAAGACAUUAGUGAUGCUUGAUGGUAAAGAGAUCAGUUCAACAGCCAAGAAAUUUCUUCUCAAUUGGAAAGCAAAUCGCGAGGCGAGAAAACGCCAAAUCUUGGAGAAAGAAAAACGCGAAAAAGAUCUCCAACGCGCUUCACAGUCAGAACCAGAUAUGAGCACGAUAUAUUUCCAAGCUGUUCCGCCCAUCCUUCCUCAGCUGCCCACAGGAUUCUCCGGAUCUUAUCCAAGAAGAAUUUCGUCUGGGACCACGUUUACGAGCAGCAUCUCUGCAUCAAGAGUGCCACAGAAUACCAGACUGCCAAGUAUAUUUGGCUCUCAACAGCAACUUCCAACAAGAGGACAAGAGUGGUCUUCCGAUGGAAGAAGACCGGUUCUUCCUGUACAGACAGUUCAAUUUUGAGCACUUUUAUAAAUAUAUUUUGUAAUUAAGAAUUUAUUAUGUAAAAUAGUCGUUGAUAACUUAUAAAAAUGAA